AUGUCACUCUGGCUCCUCGAUGUAAUCGCCCUCCUUCCCUCAAAAUGGCAAACUUGGAUCCUCCCACCCUCCAGUAUCCCCAUCGUCGAGAACUCCCCCGCAAAAGUUCAAUUAAGCCGCAUCGCCCACGUCUACUUCGAGCAUUCCGAUCUCGAAGCCUUCACCAAGUUCGCCACAGACUUCGGCUUCGUCGAGGCCGCGCGGAAGGGGAAGACAAUUUACUAUCGUGGGUAUGGAAGGGACCCCUACGUCUACGUCGCGUCUCAAAGCGCAACGCGGAGAUCCCAGUUCCUAGGCGCAGCCUUUAUUGCGAAGGACGAGGAGAACUUCACCAAAGCUGCCGCGAUGCCGGGGGCAGUUCACAAGACACUAGAUGAUGCACCGGGGGGCGGGGAUAUGGUUACGUUUGAACGGCCGAAUGGGACGUCCUUCCAUAUUGUGUACGGGCAGACAGAGCAAGACGUCGAGGCGAAGACGGCCCCGACAGCGACACAUGAUUCCCAGGGUCCCUUUAAUACACCGUUUGAUAAACCGCGGAAAGGACAAUUCCAGCGGUAUCAUGAUGGACCGGCGCUGGUGCAUAAGCUCGGCCAUUACGGGUACGUGUGCAAGGAGUUUGAGGCGGAGCUGGAGUUCUACACCAGUAACUUCAACUUUGUGCACUCGGAUAUCCUGUAUCUCCCGCAGUUCCCACAAAUGGAUGUCAUGACCUUCAUGCACCUUGAUCUUGGCGAGGUGUAUACAGACCACCACACCCUCUUCAUACAGCGGGCUCCACCGACCGUGGGUAAGACAUACGUCCACCAUACCUCGUUUGAGGUAGCAGAUUUCGAUACGCAGUUGAUGGGUCAUCAUUACUUGGCUAAGAAGGGAUGGAAGAGCGUUUGGGGUGUUGGGAGACAUAUCCUAGGGAGUCAGAUUUUCGAUUACUGGUAUGAUAGUUCAAAGUUCAAGAUCGAACACUACGCAGAUGGAGAUAUGGUGAAUCGCGAUAAUGUGACACGCAGGGGGCCUGUUGGACCGUUAUCUGUUUGGGGUCCUGAGUUGCCCAGGGAUUUUGGGGAUAACAAGGCGAAGUAG